AUUGGGCCAGCAGCGGUACUCGAAGCUUUAAGACCCGAACGAUAAGUGACCGUACAUUGGUCGGCCUCGAUUUUCUCAAAAUUUCAAAUUUCGUUCCGGAAAAGCAAUAAAUGGAAAUUUCCAAGUUGAGUUUGCACUUUACUGUCGUAAUUUUCUGUUGGAAUUAAUCACAUGGCUGGCUCGCGGGGGAAAGGCAAACGUACUUUCAUUUCCCUCUCUUCUUCUUCUGAGGAAGAAGAUGAACUAGAAACUGAAGAAGAAGAAGAAGAAGAAGACGAUGAUGAUGAUGAUGAUUAUGAGAAUAAUAGUUUUUCCAGUUCCAGUGGAGAUGAAACUGAAGAAGAAGGAGAAGAGGAGGAGGAAGGGAAUGAAUCAGACGAUAAUGAUCGGACUGAGAACGACGAGACUCUCUGCAAUCGAGUCAUCGCUCUUCUCAAAGAAGGAGGUGAAUUAGAAAGCUUAAGCUUAAGACAAUGCAAAGCUUAUUUACGGAAUCAUGGCCUCCGAAUAACGGGCACUAAGGCAGUGUGCCAACAGAGAAUUCUCGAGCAUUGGAAGAUAAAAGAUGGGAAUGCCGAAGCCCUAUAUCCCAGGUCAUCCUUUUUUAUCAACUGUACUGGUGAUGUUUGUAAAGGAGAUAUUGUUUUGUUUGAGCAGAAGGUUUAUGAGAAGUUCAAUAAAUUGACAAGGCAAGGGAGGCCUCUGGGGAGGAGAACUGUUGCUGGAAAGGUUGUUAAGGAAAGCUAUGGUAAAGCUAAACAGCAACAUACAUUUACGGAGUUGUUUAGGCCCUUGAUGACACUAUCUGCCAGUUCAAUGUUUUUGAUGCAAAAGGUUGAAGUAUUGUGGUGCAAGGGGAUCAAGAAAUUGCCUUCAUUAUUUCCUUUGCUUGUAAAGGGUCGUAACCUUUACAAAUUGAAAACUUACAGACAGCGUUGGAGUGAUGAGGCAGAAAGAAGAAAUGUACUUGCUGAGAAGCACAGACGAGGCAAAGCAGCAAGACUGGUGAAAGCAAUGAAAAAAUCAAACAAGAAGUGGACUAAAGAUGCUGGUACAAAACAGCAAAAGCAUUUGCAUCAUUCACAACCAUUAAAAAAGAGAAAAGCAACUGAACAAGAGAAAGGAAAGAUUGUUAAUGCACAAGGAAAAGCCUCUAUUCCAAGGCGUGCAAAUAUGAGCAAAAAUUAUCAAGCAACUUCUCUGGUUGGACAGGUGAAAAAGAAGCAAAACUCAAGGCUAAGAGUCUCCAAAUCUUCUUAUAGUCAUCGAAAACCUGUUAGUUUCACUGAAAAUAAAGGUGCAACUUGUCAUUCAUAUGGUGGUCCUGUGCCAAAUCCUUAUCGAUCUCAAACAAAAUGUCAACACCGGAAUGCAACAAAAUGUCAACACCGGAAUGCACCACUCCAUUUUGCCAGCUAUGACAUGGGAUCCACUUCAACAAUGGUAAGAUCAUUGCCUUUCAGACCUUAUGUUGAUGAGUGGACAGUACCUGCUUCACAGUACCAGGGGUUCAAUUUCAACAACCACAGCUACACCCACCAUGCCAACUCAAAUCCACGCUUUUGCCAUAAAUAAAGGAAUAUGAUCUGGUCUCCAGAUUUUAUGCAUGUUGACAGGCUGUUAUUAUAUCAAUAGCCUUCUAGAGUAGAGGCAUACAAAUGGAGGAAGAAUGAUUUUCACUUGGUUUUCACUAGGAUAUCAAGGUGCAGGAUCAACAGCUGCUAGUUAUCUUCUCAGCAUGGAAAUGAUCCAGAUUGAUAGGAAAGGGACAUCUUGUGCUAGGGUUGUACAUGCAAUGCUUUGCUUGAAAUCCUCAGGUGACAUAUUUGUGCACUUUUGGUACUGAGUCUCUGACUAUAGGACUACGAUUUGUUCUGUUAAUGUUUUACAAUGUUGAGUUUCUGGAUAAUAUGGUAGCUGUCUACCAAAUUGUGUUUUCUGGUAAAUGGUCGGUAUAUAUAUGUGAGGCUUUGUUAAUACU